AUGUUCUUAGGUGUUAAGGAAAAGGUGCUGUCUUGUUUUGCUGGUGUUGAGGAAAACUUUGUCACUACUUCCCUACUCAAUGGCUGUGACCUACUAAUAUGCACAGCAUCAUUCUUAGUGAGGUUACUGCAGAUUACAGAUUUUGGUGUUGACAUGAGACGCCUUGCUACUGUUGUCUUGGACGAUUGCGAGAGAUUAGCGGAAGUGUACGGCACCGAAGUGAAAUACAUCCUGUAUAGAAUCAAAGACUCGAUAAAAAAUCGCACCAAUAAAGAGCUUAAAAUACAAUACAUUAUCGCUUCGAGAAAAUGGUGUGAUUUUAUGGAACCCAUUGCGAAGAGAGCACCGUAUUCUGUUGUCUGUAUAGGCGCUCUCCAGGAGUGUGUACUUUACUCCAAGGCGAAUAUGUCUGUCAAUUUCGUCCAUCAGGAGAACAAAGUGGAUUCAGUCCACAAGUUUCUCACUGAACUUGAUUUAACCAAGAAAAUUGUAAUAGUUUGCAGAAACGACGAGGAGACAGUAGCUAUGGGUAAGGUAAAUACUGAUCCUAAUGGUAAAGCUGAAGAAAUGCGGCCGGUUAUUUUCCCAAAAAUGUUGUUGCAGCCUAAAUGUGAAGUAAAAGAACUAGAUUCAGAUGAUUAUACGUCACCAGAAUGUUCAGAGUCCGUGACUGCGUCAGAAAAGCAGAUUAAAACCGCUUGCGAUCUAGACAAAACAAGGAAACCGAAGCUUAUAUGGCGACAAAAUCGAAAUUUAGUCGUCAUAAGAAUUAACUUGAUUGGUCUGCAGAAGUACAAUUUAACAAUUCAAGGGAGAUCUUUAACCUUCGCGGCAACUUUAAGCGAUGUGGAUUAUGCUUUUGAUUUGGAAUUGUAUGGUGCUACAGAUGUCAGUAAAUCGUCGCACUGUAACAAAGGGCAAUACGUGCUUGUUAAAUUGAGUAAGAUUUUAAAUAAGAAUUGGUUAACAUUAACAAAGGAUGGUGGGAUCAGAAAGUGGAUAGUGUACGACGUCGACUCGAUCGAUGUUUCAUCCGAUGUAGAAGCUGUAGAAGAGCAGAACAAUAUCACUGUGCUAAAUGCUAUUAAAAACAUUCACAAUCAAGAUGAAACUGAAAGUGAAGACGAUGAUUUUAUAGAUGACAUUAGUUACAGACAAGCUAAAUAUACAGUCAGGUAUCACAAA